UCCUGCGGGAGGUAACGCACCGGUUACAAUACCAAAGGCCAAAUCCGAUCAUUGCAACUCUGAAUCCACCUCGGGUACCUCAAUACACAUUUCAAAUUUGAAUUACUUUGAAGUUGUUGUUUCUCCAUCUUUAUCCACCCAUCACAUUGAGGCUAUGCACUUUUUCAAUUAUGUACAGUCCUGAAUUUUCCAUUUUAUUUUACAAACCAAAUUUUGGACGGUGUAGAAAAAUGUCCUGACUUUUGAACUAAAAAGCACACAAUUAUACUUUAAAAAAGAAAAAAAUGGGGUGCAUGAUUUUAAUUUCUGAUCUAUUUACAUACAUCUACUGCUACUCAUUGACAGGCGACCUUAAGCAAUAACUAAUGGCUUUUCUGAUCAAAUCGGUCAGAAUAAAUUAAUAAGAGGGGAUUUUUUUUAAAAAAAUUUCAACAUCAUUUAAUUACGGUACUCACAGUCUAAAUGUCAUUUAGAAGACCGGUUGUCACAGUGUAAUUAUUGGCAACCAACAGAGAUCAAUCUUGGACCCCACUAACUAAACGUAUGUGACUUGAAAAAGGGUCAAACAUCAGACUUUCGUCUCAUUUAUGACAUACGUUAUUCGACCAAGCCGGGCUAAGCUAAGAUGCUAACGAGGCGAGCGGCCGCGUCAUGGCCGCCCCACGUUGCGGCGCUGCGAGACAAGGAAAAUAUUCCAUUUUCACGCCUUUUAAGACGUUUGUAUCGAAUCAAAAUAACCUCAAGAGUACAUAAGGUGAUGGUGUAGCGCCUCGUUGGGAUAUAUGGAGUAAGUGGCGAGGAUUGGUGGGUGAAAAAGGCAAAAAUCUUGCAGCCUACCCAUGAUUGCAGGAACGAGUCUGGGAAGGAAAAGAGAGACCCAAGAUGCACCGCGGCGAAAUGUCCACCCUGAGGACCCCGGAAUUGGCAUCCGCGCAGAACGCCUGAUUUAAAUGUUCACAUAUACAGUGUGCAGUACUUAAAACAUUUUUGAAAUUGUGUCUCUCUAGGAAAUUUGGGUAUCUGCAGAGUGGUUUCGAUACCUAUAAAGCAAUUAUGUGCAAUCUUUUUUUACGUCCCUGAACCCCCCCCCCAAACUAAAAUAACACAAAUACACAUCUAUUUAAAUUUUAAAAAUCUUAAAUGUUUUUUGUAAUUGGUCUGAUUUGACUAAAUGUUCAUAUUUGAAUUAUAAACGAAUGCAAAGACGUUUACUCCCCGUUAGUUUUCUCACACUGAAAAAUGUAAAUUGUUAGUGCAAGUUACAUUUUUACCUUCAAUUCUAAAACACGAUCACGUCCUCUAUAUAGAAGUAACAAUAAUAUUAUAAUAUAUAAUAUAAUAAAAGUAAUAAUAUUACUACUAUAACUGUUUUAGUUCAAUUUAAUGUACUCUAUUUUAUCUAUGAUAAUCCCGUAGGGAGCAGCAGGCAUUGCCCCUAUUUUUCUUCUUUUUUGAUUGGAAAGUUGCAAAAUAUUUCCAUUCGUGAAUUAUAGUCAUGUCAUUUCAGUUUGCUGCAGUGUAUGUUUGUACCGCACACAUUUAUGGAUGCACUUAAUUCAAUAUAUAUAUAAUUUACAUUUCAGAUGGAUGACAUAGCCUACAAUUGUCUGGAAAAUCAACAACUCCCAAUUGCACGUAUUUUGUCAUUGAACUACACAAAUGCAGCAAAUAUAAUUCUGUGAUCCGAUGCAAAGGAGAUGCGGCUGUCCAGACAUCUGCUUUCCGAUUGGUUGCUUCCUCAGUCUGUCGGGCGGGGGGGUUAAAGUGGAUUAGAAGUGUGUGUUGAAGGGAAUAUGUGUGUGUGUGUGUGUGUGUGUGUGUCACUGUGCAUUACAGCACAUCGGCACGGCGCAGCGAUGGCUCCCAAAUCUCCGGAAUCCUCCUGCCACAGCAUCCUCCUCCUCCUGCGCCUCGCUGUGCUCCUUUUGCAGCCGUCUUUGUCGUCCUGCCGUGACCCACAUCCAUCUGACAGUGCUGCUGCAGUUCCAGUCCAUGGUGCAGAUGGAAUGGUGAUAGUGGAUGGACAGCUGAGGACAGAAGAGAGUUUGACACUACAUGAGGUCACAAAAGGGAGGAAGUUACUGCAGACACCAGGAGCCGCACUUCCCUUCCCUCCCCUCAAGGUGCUGUCCAACGGGAGGCCAUGCAUGAUGUUCCAGGCCAGGAGGUUGUAUCUGCGUUACAAAAGGCAGAAGCAAGUGGACCUGACCGAGCAAGCCUUCUCCCUGCAAAAGUCUGUGGACAUCAGCCAGUCGGUGUGCCACCAGGACAGAGCCACGCUAGUGAUGAGCUUUGGAGAUGUGGACGAUUUGAGAGGCCUAUCCAUCAGGAUGCAGCUCUCCAACAACUUCUACGAGGCUUCGGGCCAGUGGUGGUUUUCUUUGGACAGCGUCUCGGUUGUCUACAACACUUCGCAGGAGGCUGUGUUCAACGCCAGCGAGGUGUACGCACCGUCCUCGUCCUCUUACCAUUGCUCGCACGUCAGUAGCCUGGAACGCCACAGCGCGCUCCUAAGGCCCGGCAGCGACAACGCCCGCAGCUGGACGCUCACCUUCGCAGACUUCCAGAUCCAGGCCUUCAACGUGACUUCAGGAAGGUUUUCCCCAGUGAGCGACUGCACCACCUUCCUGACACCCGCAAUCCUGAUGGGUCUGGUGACGUCGCUCAUUCUGCUGCUGGUCCUGGCCUACGCGCUGCACCUGCUUGUCCACCUCAACCGCAUCGAAAACGACCGUGAGCGCAAGGCACACGGUGACUUCCUCCGGACCCCGGAACAAAUGGAACGCUGCUGUGCGGAAAAUGUAGCGGAUAAAGAUGUUCCCUAGCGAAAUACAAGCUUUUAUAGUUUUAUUAUUUGAUAGCAAUCGAUUUGUCCUUUUUAAUAAAUG